GUUCGUACUGGCCCUCUGUCUUGAAUGUUGAUCCAUGUAUCUAUGUACUCACAAUCAUCGGCUUGUUGAGACGCAAAAACAUGGAUUUGUGAUUUCGAUCUCUGUGCCUGGUGGGCAAUUUCUCUUAAAUGCCGCGGAUCUUUGCCAACCAAGUGUCAGUAGUGUUGGGAUUUGCUAUUAACUAAAAUGGCGUCGCUCAAGGAAAUUGCCAAUGGAUUUGGAUCCCUGUUCUACCUUGUGAACCCGUACGAAUCCAUGUACAAGACUGUCGAGGAUAUGCCUCAUCCCAAUGUGGUCGAGAAAGCAGGCUCCUACUUUUUUGUGCUCAUCGUUUUGGAGCAAUUGGUUCUUAAAUGGAAAGGAAAACCGGGAAUCCGUUUGAAUGACGGUUUAAUGUCCAUUGCCAAUGGUUUCAUCAUGGGUAUCAAAGAUGUUUUGAUUAAGGGUUUGUUGAUGCAAGGCUAUUUCUAUAUCUACGAUCAUCAUCGUAUCUAUGAGCUCCCUUGGGAUUCAAUUUGGACUUGGAUCAUUGCGGCGGUUGGAUCUGAUCUGGCCUAUUAUUGGAUCCACAGAGCUGCCCAUGAGGUCAACAUUCUUUGGGCCGCUCAUCAAGUACAUCACAGUUCGGAAGAAUACAAUCUGACCACGGCUUUGCGACAAUCAUUCAUGCAAGCUUUUGGCUCUUGGCCCUUCUAUUUACCAAUGGCCUUUUUUGUUCCACCAACUCAUGUCAUCAUUCACUCUCAAUUCAAUCUUCUCUACCAAUUUUGGAUUCACACCGAAGCGGUCAAAACCAUUGGGCCCUUGGAGCACAUCUUAAACACACCUCAACAUCAUCGAGUUCACCAUGGGUCCAAUCGCUAUUGUCUGGACAAGAAUUAUGCUGGAGUCCUAAUCAUUUGGGAUCGAAUGUUCGGAACAUUUGAGUGGGAGCGUCCAGGCGAAGACAUUGUUUACGGAUUGGUGGAUCAACCUCAAUACUUCAGUCCAAUGCGACAUCAGAUACACUAUUAUGUCAAAAUUGUAGAAAAAGCUAAUACCAUGGAUAACUGGUCGGAUAAAUUGUCAGCUUUCUUGAAAGGUCCUGGCUGGUUCCCAGGCACUCCACGCUUAGGGGAUAUCAUGCAAGUACCGGAGAGACAGAAUCGGAAAAAAUAUGAUCCCAAGGUUCCCAGUUGGGCCACGGUAUACGCCGCAUUGCAUUUUCUUUUGCUCUUCAUGGCAUAUGAUAACUUCAUCCGAUUUAACGUGGGUAUGUCGCAGAGGACGGUCACUCUAGUCAUUGGUCUUCUCAUCUGGACAUUGAGCAACAUUGGUUUCAUCUUUGACAAGCGACCCUGGGACUGGUUUUCCGAGAUUCUCCGCUGCAGCUUCAUCAUGGCCCUUCAAAUCUACCUGGGUUCCUUGCAGGGUUUCCAAAUUCCAAAUGAAAUUGUGUUCUGGGCCUUCCUCGCCUCAUGGGGAAUUGCAUCUGCGGCCUUUUUGGCUAAAUUCAUAACCUUAAGCACCUCAAACAAUAUCAAGAAGGACUAAUGAAGACAUUGUCUAGCUAUAAGAUAGCAUUUUUGUAUCAAUUCGUAGCUUUGACAAUUAACAAAUACAUAUUCAACAAAUUUG